AAACGUAUGACGUCAAAGAUAAAAUGGCGCAAGCGCUGUAGAUUGAAAACAAUAUCGAGUGUGUUUACAGAAAACAGGACUUCGAAUGUUUUGAUUGAAAGCUUAAAGAAAAUUUGUAAAAAUGACAGCUGGAAAACAAGAUUACCCAAAGGCAUCAAAUGCUCUGGUGUUUGGUGGAAUGCUGACAUUCAUAGCUGGUAUGAUGCUUCUUAUGGCAUUUGCAAGCCCAUAUUGGAUACAGUCAUAUCAGGAAACAUUUAGUAAUUUUAAGCACAUGGGAUUGUGGGAGUACUGCUUUGAACAAUUCCGUUACCCGUAUUAUCAGUUUCCUAAACUGUUUGAUGGAUGCCACUACGUAUUCAGUCAAGAAUAUUAUGUUAUUAGAGAAUGGCUGCUUCCAGGUUGGCUUAUGGUUGUUCAGGCUUUCGUAACAUUAGCACUGAUGUUGUCAUUUACAUCUCAAAGCAUCAUUGCUCUGGAACUUGUCCGUUGGCCACUGGAAUUUGUCUUGACAUAUGAGUGGUUUUUAUCAGGAAUUGCUUUCUUGUGCAAUGCUAUCACAGCUGCUUUCUUGUUCUUGGCUGUAACUAUAUUUGGCGGGGAAUGUUGGCGCCGUGACUGGAUAAUGUACCCUAAUUUCAACUACCUAUCUUGGUCUUACGGAUUUGCUGUGUUAUCAAUGUUUUGUCAUGGAUUUUCAGCAUUGUUUGUGUACUUGGAUGCUCGUAAGAACUGGAUAAUGCGCAAAGAAAGUCAGAAUUUGGUUGCACAGAUGCACCCUAAUCCUGGCCGUAAUGGUUUUGUAUGAAAACAAGAUGGAAAAGUGACAGUCGUACUUUCUUGCCAUGUUUGCUGGAAAUCAGUGGCAGAGAGUACUGAGCAUUAGAUGUGCAAUCUGUAUAUUCCCAGGAGGAAUUUAUGUGGUAUCUAAUGAACUGUAUGUGAAAAUUACAGAAUUUUAUGUCUUCGGUAUAUCUUACACUUCCAGUUAUUCUGAUUGAUUAUCUUAACAAUAUUUUAAGUAUCACAUUUGCGUUUAAUUUUAGAACACACAACAAAUAAGUAUUUUUCUGUAUAAUUGCCUGUGAAUAAUCAUCUGUUACGCACAAAGUAGCACACGGGAGCACAUUUACUUUUUUUUUCUUCCCAUAUGUAAGUUAGUUUUAAGAAUAAAGUUGAAUCUCACUAUAUAUUGCAUUUUAAUGUGCUUACAGGCAGUAACAAGAUGUAAACACAGGUAAUUCAUAGCUUUAGUCUUAUAUUUUAUAUCACAUUUUAGCAUAAGAAAUUUUAUUAACACUAACUGCAGAGGAAAACGAAUGUUGUUUGUGUCUUUCUUUUUCUAUUUGUGCAUAAGGUGCAACACAAAAUAGUUUUGGCCUAGUGCAGUACAAGCAAUCUUUUUUGUGACAUGUAUCUCAACAAAAUAACAAUUAAGUGUGAUAAUAUCUGAUCAAUUAUCACAAAUAAUGCAAAAUGAGUAGAGAGAGAUAUUUGCAACAAUAUGUUAAAAAGGCAGCAGUAUUCACAGGAUUUAUCACAUACAUACGUUGCUGGUGGUGGAUCUCAUGUUAAAUUUCAGUACUCGAGGUGCUAAUAAAAAGUGAGAAUGGUUAAAAAGACGGCAAAAGUGAGCUGAAUAAUAAUGCACUGUUGUUAAUAUUGUGUGCAAGUUAGAUUUAAUGUUAGAAUUUGAAUACAUUGCUAUUAAUGUACUGAUUUUACUUGUAUUGUUGUCAUAGUUGGAAAGUGAAUUAUUAUGAUUGUAUUUUUAAGUCAAAAGGUAAUGUACCAAAGUCUACUUUCUGUAGAGAUAUUAUUGAAAGAUAUGACAAUGUUUCCAGUGGUCACAUAAUUGUUAAAAGUUAUCACAGAAAACAGGUUCAUGUGCAGGGGAAAACUUAGCACCUCAAAAUUUGCCAAUUAAUGUAGAGUGAACUUGGUAGAUGUGCGUGUUGUUAGCCGUCCUACAUUACAAUGUAACUCCAAAAGA